AUGUUGUUAAUUAUCAUCGUCUUUGGAGUUUAGAUAUUUUAGAUAAAUUCAAAUCCAUGCGAAAUUUAGCAAAUACAACCCAUAAUAACAUGUUACUAAGUGGUUUAAGAUUGUUUUAUAUUAGAAGGAAAUGAGGAAGAUUAUUACAAUUUAAAGCAUAUUGAUAAUAAAAUUGUAUAAAAACUAUUUACUAUUUCUUCCGAAGUUGUUCCAAUUUAAACAAGAAUAUUUAAAUCCUUAGGUAAAGAGGUGACUUUGAAGAAACUAAUUUGUUAAUUGUUUCUAGAACUUAACUAUUAUAUAACAUGUAUCAAAAUUGAUAAAUUAAAUUAUGAAAAGUAAGAAAACAAUUAAGAAAGCAUAAAGAUAAAAACAAAUAUUACUGAUGAAGACUCCUGUGAUGAAAUUUAUUAACUAGAUAAUGGUAACCUAUUAUUAUUUUGCAUGACCCAAUUUACUUUAAAACAAUAUUAAGUAAGUCUAUUAGGCGAUGUGACUCUGAUAUUUGAGUAUGAUGUUUCUAUUUAAAUACAGGAUAAAUGCAAAAAGAAACAAUUCAAGCUCUUUGAUAAAAAUUAAUUUAUAAUUGCAUUUGUUAAUUGUUUGGAAUGGAAGCUUUUCGAAAUAAAUAAUGAUUAACUAAAAAUAAUAAUGGAAUCUAAAACGAAUAAUUACAUUCGAACUCUUGGGAUAUUUACUAAAAUAGAUCAUGUACAAAUUUGCUUAACAAAUUCAUUGACUCUUUAUCUUGUUGAGGCAAAUAAUUAUAUUUAAGUUAUUUGGGAGUCUGACUAAGCAAUUCUUAAUAACAUAUAGAAAAGUGAAAAUCAAAUAUUGAAAAUAAUACUUUCUAAAAAUUGUUAAAAUGUUCUUCUCAUAACUUAUAAAAAUGAGACAAAUUUAUAACCGGUUUAGAUCAUAAACAAAGAAAUAAUCUUAGAUAAUUCUUUUAAUACUGAUUAAAUUCAUUUUUUUUCUGGUUUUCUCUUUUUACAAAAUUAAAAUGAAUUAAAUAUAAGGAUUGAUGAACAUCUAUAUCAAAAAUAUAAUAUUUUAAAUUCAUCACUAUUUUUUUUAGAAUAAGAUAACAUGUUUUAUUAAAUAGAUAAGUUCAAAGUAUAGGCAUAAUUCUAUAGAUAUUUUCCAAUAAGUAGUUAUGUAAAACCUAAAUAAAAAUUUGUAUAUUUACUUAAGAGACUUGAAAAACACGGCCAAUAAGAAUUAUUAAAGUGUUUCAAAAUUCAACAUGAAAAUCAGCUGCAAUAGAAUAAUUUAGUCUAGUAUUCACUCUUAAUUAAAAAGAAUUGCUAAUAUUAAUAAUAAGCAAAACUUAAUAUUCAAUCAUUUACCCAAUUUCAAUAACAAGAGUUUGAAUUUUAUAAUAAUAAGACUGGAAAUGUUAAAAUGAGUAUCAAAUAUAAAGAAAAACUAGAGAACUAAUGUUAUUAACGAAUAAAACGAUAUAAAUUUAAAAGUAAGAUUACUUUAUUAUCCAUUAAAAAUAAAAAUUUUAUAGUCUUUCAAGUUGAAAAUAAUUAAUAUUUCCUUAAUUGUUAAAAAAACCAAAUUUAAUUGAGUGUAAAUAUAAAAUAAUUUGAAGUACUAGAAUAUCUAGAAGAUUAUUAUAUUAUUGAUAUAAAUAAAAUGAAGAUCGAAAUGAUCUAACUUAUUUCAGGAUAAAUAAUCUUAAGUUAAAUACCUUCUUAUAUGGAAAUGAUAACAAUUUAAUAAACCUCUGAAUAAAUUAUUCUAUAUGUUAAGGGUUCAGAAUAUCCUUUAUUAAUAUAUUUAGAUUAGUUUUCAUAAAAUCGUCUCAAUUACCUCUCAUAAUAUCUUUACUAACCAAAAUUAAUUUUAUAUUAUUAAGAAUUAGGGUCUAAUAAAUUUAUUCAAUAUGAAAAUAUUUUUGCCUAUGAAUUGAAAGGAGAAGUUAAAUGCUUUUAAUUAUCAGGAGUCUAAAUUAUUACAAUUAAAAGUUGGUUAAAAACUUACUUUUUACUCUGGGCAGUACAAAAUCAAACGAACUCAAUAAUUUUAUAUCAUUUAGAUGAAUAUGAAUUACAUCUAUUUAGCAAUUAUACUCUAUAAGAAUAUUAAUUCUCAAAUCCUUUAAAGUACAAGUUUAGUUCUUUGAAAUUAGCAAUUUUAAUUGAAAACAAGCAAUCUCUUUUUAUAGCUACUUACUCUAUCACUACCACAACAAUCAAAUUAAUUAAUAUUAUUUAAACAAAUGAUGUCUAUUUUGAAUUAAUCAAUAAUACUUUAUUAUAUUUGUAUAAUGAAUAAAUCUGGUACCAUUAUUUAAAUGAAAUAGUGUCGCUUAUUUAUAUUAAUGUUAGCAAUCAAUAAACAUUGAUCUAAUCGUAUCAGUUAACAUUAAAUCCAACUUACUAAUUUGAAAAUAGUAUCAAUUUAAGCAUUUUAAUUUUAAAUGAAUGUCAUCUUUUAUCUACUUAAUCAAAUUAAGUGUCUCUUCUAAUAUAAAAUAAUGAAAAAUUGAAACUAAAAAUUUCUGAAAUUUUUUUAGGUCCAAUACAUAAUGUAACAAUUAUUGAUAAUGAUAAAAUUAGAUUAUAGGGACCUUUGUAAUUUAUUAAACUAUUUAAAGAGUGCGUUGAUUCAUUUAUAUUUUGUAUUAAACAAAAGAAUAUUGUCUUUCUGAAUAACAAUAAGUAACUAAUGUAUCCAUUUUCAGCAAUUAUUUUGGAAGACAAAAUUUUUUGUUAAAUUACAUAACUAUAUACAGAAAAUGUCCUGUAUUAGGUAUUUUGGAUUUCAGAAAAUUAUUUUCUAUGGAUUUGUCAAUUAAAUGACUAUUUGCAUAUUCAUUUACUCUUGUGUAUCUUAGAAGACCAUUCAAAUUGUAAGGAACUCUAGGUAUAAAUCAUAAACUUUACAGUUGGUUUACCCUUUCAUGAAAACGUUAUUAAAACAUAAAAUUUGGUUAAAUUAUAGAAUGCAUAGUAAUAGAUCUAUAUAUUUAUUAAGAAUUAAGAUUUUAGUCUAAUUCACCUUUCAAAUAAUUAUGAUUUGGAUAUCAAAUACAUUGAGUUAUCAGUGGAUUAAUUUAUUGGGUUAGAAAGGUUGGAUCAUAAAUUAAUUUUUGAAGUAGAAAUAAUGAUUUACACAAUCAAACUUAAUGGAAUUUACAUCGAAUUCUUUUAUAAUAUCACAAAAAUACUUUAAGAUCUAUUGCCUACAGGCGAGAGUAAUCCUAUAAUAAGAAAUAUUGGAUUAAUUUAAUGCAAAUAGAAUGUAACUAUUAUUACUGUUAUUCUAUUUAUGAGCUAUCAUUAUUAAUCCUUUAUGAUAUAACUCUAGAUUAAUAUUUAGAACGGUUCUAUUUGUUCUUUCCAGGUAAGAGAAUAGAUUAGGAAUCCAUUAUUAGAUUUUGAUUUCAAGCCUGAUUAUAUGGAUGAGAACUAUUUAAUUUUGAAAUAACUUAACUAAAAUAUUACUUAUUAUUAUGAUCUCCAAGAAGAAAGAGAAUAUUAUGAUACAAUUUAUCGUAAAAAUUCUCACAUAGAAACCUUAAAAGUAAAUACUACGCAUUUUAUUUUUAUAAACCAGUCUUAGGUUUAUUGGGGAAUAAUAAAUUACGAAUUAGAUAUUCAAAAUGUAGAAAAUUCCUCUUUUAAUUUUGUCUUAUUUGCUUAAAAUGAAGUAUCUGAUGCUCAAAUUUCAAUUCUUUUAAUUCCCAAAUCUCUGUAUGACUCUAAGAAGUCCAUCAUAAUUAUUUUACUAAUAAAUCUAAUUUUUAUAACAUUAUAAAUGAGAUUAUAAUACUUUCGGAAAAUUAAAUAAAAGGAAAUAAAGGAUUUAAAUAACUCAAUGUCCUAAGAGUUGAUUUUUUAAAAUAAUUUGAUAUAUAAAUAACUUCAUGUGUAAUUUAGCAUUAUCAACAUAAAUUCUUAUUGGGUAUUUUGGAAUUAUAAAUUCUAAUCAAUUAAUAUAUAUCGUAAUACUGAUAUUGCAUUUAGUUGA